AUACAAGCAUUCUCCGCGUCCUAAGGGUUGAGUGAGCGCAAACGCCGCUAACAGCUCAUAAGCCAAGGCUGCUGAUAUACGAGCAUGUAAUGUAGACUCGGGAAAAUGCAUAAAGGUUCACACACGCUGUGUUUCCAGAAUUGACGCAAUGUGCCAAAGAAUUUCGUUGCUGGCUUUGGCACUUGUGAUAUGCAGCUGCAUAGCUGUAGAAGCGCAAGUGUCUGGCUACGUGAGGCUCAAUGGACCUGCGCACGGCUGCCAGGUCUUAGUCACUGCCCUCGAUGGGUCAGGGACGUUAGCAGGCGCUGGCAUCACUGACAGCAGCGGCUACUUCUCCAUCGCGUCGGCACUAGCGGCCGGCACCAUGACGCGGGUGUCGGUCCAGCCAGGUGGCAGCUGUGUAGAUGUGUACACAGGUCUGGCACCCAGCUACGCCGUGACAGCAGCCCUGCCCGUUGGGGCUGGAGCGGCGGUUGCGGGCAUGGUGGGCGUGGCGUCACUGGCCGCGAUGUCUUACCUGGAGCUGGUGGCCGCCUCGGACACGGGAUUGGGCGCGGCGGCAGCAGCCGCGAACCGCAGCAGCAGUGUCAGUGGCGUCGGACGGCGUUUAACGCAGCAGGGCGUUGCCGCACAGCAGCAGGCACUGCCAGUGGAAGCAGGGUUGGACGCUUCGUCAGUGGGCGCGAGUGCAACACGGGCGCAGGUACCACAGCUGAUCCCGCGAUGGCUGCAAGCCACUGGAGCAAACUCUACAAGUGGUACCAAUGCCACCGCCACCAACAUCACGUCUGGCAGCAACAGCACGGAGACCACAAUCGUGACGGGCGGCGACACCAACAGCACCAACACUACAACAAGCACCAACAGCACCACCCCGAUUCCCAGCCCCAGCCCGGCGGCUGGCAACAUCACAGCCACCAACACCACCCACUCCAACACCACUGCAUCCGGAGGGACGGGGACCAACAGCACCAGCCCCCCGCUCUCUGCCUCUCCGCCGCUGCCGCCCUCGCCGCAGCCGCCCAGCUCGCCCCUCAUCAGUACCCUGGGUGGCCUGCCCCUGGAUGGCACCGCCACCCAGCUGCUCAGCAACGUGACCACCGUGCGGCUGCUGCUGAGCCGCCUGUACGGCACCCUGAAUGUCAGCCUGGCGCCCUACGGCGUGGACGCACUGGCGCUACAGCCGCUGGCACUGCUGCGGAGCGGGCUGCGGGCGGAGCGGCAGCUGGGCGUGGCGGUGCUGGCGGCGGACGCGCAGCUGGGCUCGGUGGUGGGUCUGGGCGCGGCACUGCUGCGGGCUGCUGGCGGCGUCAGCACUGCGGGCAACAGCUCUCGGCUGGCGGCGCUGGUGGCGGCGCAGCUGGUGCACCAACUGGCGUUGCACGAGGACGCGGCAGCCAAGAUGAAAGCCAUGGCCACCAACCGGACCGGCAUCAGCAGUAUGAACGGCAACUCUAGCGAUACGGUGCAGCCGUCGCCCUCGCUGUCGCCCUCGCCCCUUCCGCCCUCGCCCCUGCCGCCCUCGCCGCCGCUUCCUCCCGGCAGCUCGGCUGACCUGGUGGGCCCCGCGGCCGUGUUCACGCCGCUGCCCUACAUGCCCGGCCUGUACUCCACCGUGCUGGUGCGGGAGGUGUACAUUACGGCGGCGGCGCGUGCGGGCGUGCCGCUCACCUCGGCCGCCGUGAAUGCCACAGUGGCGGUGGCCGCGUCCGUGGCGGCGUACGCUGAGGUGGUGAAGCAGGUGGCGCUGGCGGAGCUGCGGGGGGUGGUCAUGGGGCUCAACCCGCUCAACGCGGCCAUGGGUCUGGCGCGUCUGGCGGUGGUGCAGGCGGAGGCAGAGGGGGUGGUGGGCCAGGUGGUGAGCGGCGCAAACGCGGCCGCGCUGGACACGUACGUGCUGGAUGCGCUGCCCGAGCGCAUCAGCAAGGCGGCGGUGGACGUGGCGGCGGUGCACAGCAGCCUGGGGCUGGCGGUUCCAGCGGCGGCGGUGGCGGCGGUGGGCGUGGCACACCUGGUGGGGCCGCUGCGGGGCUGCUCGGGCCAGGCCAACGACCUGUGGACGCCCGCCUACGAGGCCUUCACCACCGGCAGCGCGGGCGGCAUCUCAAUGCGGCGCAAGGGCCUGGGCAGCGUGACAGUGUCGCCCUACCGCCUGUGCUACGACGCCCUCACGCAGCUGCCGCUCAACCUGUCCGUGUCCAACCUGUCGCCGUCCAUGGGCAUUGCCAGCGUGUCGCCCGUGGCCAUGCUGGCGCAGGGCCUCUACACGGUGCAGGCCACGCAGCAGCUGAUGACGGUCACCGCGGCGCAGCAGGACGCGGCGUUCGCGGCCAUGGGUCUGGACCGGGCCGCCUACAACGCCUUGAUGGUGGCGGCCGCCAAUGCCUCCGCCGCCUCCGCCUCCAACAGCUCCUCUUCCUCCAGCAGCACCAGCAGCUCCACCUCCUCGCGGGCUCUGUCCAGCCAGGGCUUCCUGCUGAACCAGCCGCUGAUGGGCGCCGUGCUGGCUGCCAACGCACAGCUGCUGGGGCUGUUCUACGCGGCCAGGGCUAUGUUCACGUCCUCCUGCUACUAUACCUACGGCCUGGACAGCUGGGAGAACGCCCACACCUUCACAGUCACUCUGACGCUGUACGCCGCGGCGCAGCAGGCCCUCGCCAGCGGUAGCGGCAAGCUGGACCUGUCCAGCCCCACCACUCUGAACUCGAUGUGGGCGAUGCUGGUGGACGCAUGCGACUUCAACUCGGCGCAGCUGCUGGUCAGCCCCAGCCCGCCGCCGCCCCCCUCCACCGCCGACCCGGGCUCGGCGCUGGCCAACGUGAGUGGCGCCGCCGGGUCCUCGGGCCCCACCAUCACGCCCACAGGCACCCUGCUGGCGGGCGGCGACGGCACAGCAGUUGGCGCUGCCACAACCAGCACCGCCGCCCUCACUGGCAUCACCACAGUGCUGGGCCACCGCCGCCAGCUGCUCACCAGCCGGCAGAGGACGGAGCUGCUACUGGGCGGCGACGGCGACGGCGGCAGCAGCGCAUGGAGCGAGGUGGUGUCGGCGGGCUGGCAGCAGGGGGCUCUGGAUGCGGAGGGCGUGUUGCGCCAUGCGGAGGGCAGCCCUGCGACUGCCGCGGCGGUAGCGCUGCACCGGCGGCUGCGAGCCCACCUGCUGGCUGACCUGGGGCUGGUGGGGCUGGAGGCACUGCUGCCGGAGGGCAGCCCCGCGCGCCGCCACCUGCUGCAGCAGCCGCGCAAUGGCGGCGAGCGGGCUGACGAGCCGCGCACGGUGCGUGGCGACCUCCUGGGCCAGGCCGCCACUGCCGUGGCCACUGCCACUGGCCCUGGCACUGGCGGGCGGCGGCUGUCUGUGUACGCGGACGACCCGGACAUGGGCAAUGUGUACACCAAGGUGUCAGAGAUCCUGUCCGGCAUCAACGCCCAGCUGCGCUCCAUCCAGGCCCAGUCCGCUGACGCCGCCCUGCUGCCCGGCGCCGCCGCCUCGCUGUACAACCUGACGGGGCUGGUGCUCAACGCCACACAGCUGGGGCACGUGGCGCAGUACGGGCUGUACAACAGACUGGUGGCGGUGCUGCGGCUCAGGUACAGUGACGGGCUGUCACUGGUGACGGCGCUGCAGAAGGUGGCUGCGGACUACACCGGCAGCUCGUUGGCCCUGCGCAUGACCGAGGCGGCUGUGGCCGUGGACACCGUGUGCUCUGAGCCGGGCUCGCAGUGCAGCGUAUACAUCUCAAACGGCGGCGUCGGCUACUCGCCGCCGCCGUCUCAGUCCGGCGCCGGCAGCAGCAGUAGCAGCAGCAGCAACAUGGGAGCAGUCAUUGGCAUCGCGGUAGGCUGCGCGCUGGGCGGUUUGGCGCUGCUGGUGGGCGGAUUCAUGGCGUACAAGUAUGUGCGCCGGCGCCAGAUCAAGCAGACGGUGGUCAACACCUUCAAGACAGGCGACCAGGGCGGCCUCAACCUGCGGGUGGCCUCCACAUUGCACGGCAACGGGUUCUCGCCGCUCAACAACGCCGGCUUGGGCACGGGCGCGUUGGCGCCUCUGCGGCCCGGUGGCGAGGCCUACUCCUCCACCGUGCCGGCGGCGCUGGGCCACAACCCCGCAGUGGCGCACGACUACCCGCUCUACCCCACACCCUCCUAUGGCGCCGCCGCCUACGGCAGUCCGGCGGGGCCGGGGGGCGAGGUGAUGAUGACGCCGGCCGGCGCAGGCGGCGCGCAGUACCUGCAUCACGGCGGCGCUGCAGGCGCGAUGGGGCCGGGCGCAGCGGGCGCGGGCGGCAUGGCGUCGGCCCGCGGCGAGGCGGGACUGGUGGACCGGAACAGCCCUGCUGGCGGGCCGGGUGCCGCGCUGCUGGGUGCCACCAGCGGCUACAAGACCUACCCCAACUCCGCCUACGUGCCCGACCAGCGCACCGCCGCCGCCGACUCCACGGCGCUGCGGGACACGGGCCUGCCCAGCCCACGCCACCAGGCCGCACAGCCCUACCCCUACCCCUACUCCUACUUGGACACGGCCGGUGGCACCGCCUCGCCGCGUGCCUACCGGCCCACCACCUCGUCGUCCGCGCCGCCGCAGAUGCUGGCGCCCACGCUGUCGGCGCCCGUCACACCCACCCAUGCCAACGCCGCCAACACCAACCUGAACGGCACCACGGGGCGGCGGGGCGGGCAGCUACCGCCGCUGGCCGCCUACACCAGCGUGCAGAAUCCUGCCGCGCCCACAUCCUCACUGGCGCUCAGUGGCGGCCUCAACUCCUCGAUACGCGCCAUCCCCGUCAACUCCAACUUCAACUCCUCGCUGCGGCCGCCCACAGCCAGCGCACACAACUCGGACGGCGGGAGCGGGGGCCACAACAGCGGCCCCAACAGCUAUGUGGCGCUGAGGUCGCCCGCACUGGCAGGCACUGGUGUGGCGGCCAGCGGGCAGCUUCACGGCCCUUCGACUCUGGGGCCCAGCAGUGGGGUCAACGCCAGGAGGUCGUGGGGGCCCGGGCAGGACUACGCCAUUGCCUCCGGGCUGCGCGAGUCCUCAUUCUACACGCCCCAGUAGCAGCAUCCAGCGCCCAGUCUGGAGAAUGGGGCGCGUGCCAUGGCCGCAGGGGGACCCAGCUGCUCAACACUAACGAAUGAUUUCUUCUUGCUUCUAUAUCGUAUGUUUGUGCAAAUACUGCUGGAGUGUGCUAGACUGCGUCCGGUACACCAUUGGGGACGUGAGAAAUGCGUUUGGCAACGCUGAAUUUUGCUGCCUGGCCCCGCUGAUUGGUGGACCCAAGUGGUGAGGGGCUCAAAUGUAGUGCAGCUUUGGCUUGUCCGAGUGCACGUUCACAGAGAACGCGUAUUGGACUCCGUAUGGCUGAGCGCCCGUCAUCCAAUGCAUUCAUGAUGCCUGCUGAGUACUGUUAACGCGGACCAUGCUUCAGUUCGAAGCUGACUCGAAGGCACAUGACAUACCGACGCAGUAAUAAGAGAAGAGGGGUCCUUGGAGCUGCUAUGGGCUCCAUGGGGGAGCGGGAGGCAUGGGCUACCUAGGAGGGCCAUCCCGUUGUUGCGGGCGGAGGUUUCCCACUCCUGCGUCAGGCCAGCUCCUGAGCUCGUUUGUAUACGCAGCCGACGCGGUGCUCCAAAGAGGCUGGAUCGGGCUUUGGCGGGAUACGCGGCCCUGUGAUAGCCUGUGAGACGUGGGCAGCUGGUGGACCAGCCUUUGUUUGCAUAUCAUAUGUUGUUUUGGGAACACUGCGUAGUGGGGCACCACAUGCGGUACGCGGCUUCAUGGGAUUCACAUUGCACUGAUUUAUGAAAGGAAGAGGGCCGGGGAGGGCAUAAGCAUGCAACGUGGGGCACUGGGAUGUACUGUGUGUGUGUGUGUGUGUGUGUGUGUGUGUGUGUGUGUGUGUGUGUGUGUGUGUGUGUGUGUGUGUGUGUGUGUGUGUGUGUGUGUGUGUGUGUGUGAGUGUGUGUGUGUGUGCGUGCGCUCGUGUGUGCGUGUGUGUGUGCGCGUGUGCGUGCGUGUGUGUGCAUGAGUGUGUGUGUGUGUGUGUGAGAUAGCGCUGCAUUGCUAGUGCUCAUUGAUCUCAUUGAUCUGGGGGCCCUGGCGACAUAGAAACGCCACAUGUCGAAGAACAAGUGCACGGACGGGACAACUUGGCGGAAAGGCAGCGCCUGGGACGCCCCAGGGGGCUGUAACUACACUAGCUC